GUCAACUGCUCCCAAACACUGGAAACUGCAGGCUGCUUUUCACCCUCCUAGGUACCCUACUGAUCUCUACUUCAAUUCAUCUCUUUUCCCUUGACCCGCGCAGAUCCUGCAUUAGGAGACAGAACCUAGUCAGUGCUCGCAAUGGCCGCCGAUCCGCCCAAGGUCGACCCGGCCAAGGCGAUCGAGGCACUCCGCGAAGCCCGCCCGCCAGCGACGGAUCAAUUCACCUAUCUAACAAUCAUCGAAGCGAAUCUUUGUCCAGAAAUCCUGCCGACACUCAACGAAAUCCUCCAAGAUGCCGAACUCACCCAAGAAAUAGGCUGGGACUUGGUAUACAACCUCGUCGGCCUGCCCGGUUCUGAGGCCUGUUUGGAGACCAUCGCUCGGCUUGGCAACCCGAGGGAGUUGAUCCUCAAGGUGCUCGAGACUCUUGAGCUCAUUAACAGUGACAAUGAGGAUGGAGACGACGGAGAGACGGGGCAAGAGGAGCAGGAACCAGCACCGGCAGUCACGUCAACGCAUAAGUUCAUCACCCUCCUCGGCAUGCUCGCCAUCCUCCACAAGCGCAUCAAGACCAAGUACCCGAGCCGCUUCCUGGCCCAAACCUUACAGACUGUUUACAACACGUACCGGCCGAACCAGGAGAUGACAGCCUCGGUCAUUAACCUAGUCCACAGCCUGUCCGGGCAGCGGCGGCCCCCCUUGCCGACACGCAAGUCGAGCGUGAACGUGGCCAACCCUGACCAGGACGGGGACACGUCCAAGAACGCGCCGGACCCGGAGGCAGACAAGGACGAAAGGGACGAUCCGACCGAAACCCAGCUGCAGGAUAAGCUGUUGCUUAGCUUUGCGACGUGCGUCUUGGAGGCCUACGCCAACGGGAAUGACAUGGCAUGGUCAGCGAGGCUGCUCGAGUUCUACAACCCUGAGAAGAUCUUUCCGGGGAGGAAAACGCUCAUGGCGGCAUUCCGGGAGGACCAGGAGCUUCUUGCGAGGGAUGCAAUCGUGGGAAAGCUGGUGGCCCUCAUCCACGACCUAGGCCUCGACUCAUGCACCAAAACCUUCAUUCAACAAAUAUGCGAAGGGCCAAUGCAAAGCGAUCCCCUGGCCGAGCCGGACGAUCUGACCACAGCAGAUAAAAUCGCCCUCUCUACCGGCGGCUGCGUCUGCCUCAUCGCCUACUGGAUCUUCUCAUCGACCAUCUUCGACGCCGACCAGCCAGUUCCCGAAAUGCACAUCUUCCCUGAGCAUUUCAACGCGCUGGAUAAGUUCCUGCAGGACGACGCGCAUGCGCAGAUCCAAAAAUCGCUCGGCACCAUUGACUCCCUCGUCGCCAUCGGCCUCUGGCUGCAGUCCAACAACCACGUCUCCCCAAACCCAACCUCCCCGUUGACCAACCCGACCACCUCCCCGGAGGACCCGACCUCGGACUUUAUGCGCUACAUCCACCUGACGACCCUCAUGGCGCUGUACCACCCGCGCAUCCAGGUGCGCAACGCGGCGAGCGCCCUCGCCGGCCUCGUCCUCCACGCCGACCCGUCCGACGACGACCGCCUGCGCAUCCUGUACGACCUGCUCGAGAACUGCAUGUUUGCCUCGCUCAAGGCUCUCGCUGUUGUCUGGCUAAGGGAGGAGUUCCUGCUGGCUUCUUCUUCUACUUGGACUACUGGUACUUCUGCUGGCGCUAAACAAUCUGGCCUCGCGCUCAACAACACAGAGGGGCAGGGGCAGGGGCAUAGUAAUCAUCAUAAUCCUACUCUAUUCACCACCCCGCAGCCGCUGGAGAUGCUGCAGUAUGUCAUAUUCCCCCCGCUAGGGUUCCUCGCCGACGCCGAGACCGCGCUGGCGGACCAGGUGGAGUAUCUGUCUGUCAACGCAGCGUUUUUGUUGCAGGCCGUCAAUUUCGGUUUGUUUUUGUGGGGCGGGCAUGGGAGCGAUGGGCAUAGUAAUGCAUGGGCCGCGGUGAUACCGGCGAAUUUGGAGGCUACCGUGAGGGAGAGGUGGUUUGACCCGCUCCGGGAGGCCGUUGAGAAGGUGGAGAGGGAAGGGAGAGGAGGUGGACGAGGAGUAGAGGGGAAAAAGACCGAGCUGGGACCGUUGGGUGGGGAGCUGGCCGUGCUGAGGGAACGGUUGGCUUGUUUGGACGAGUGUCCCGGGUUUAAAGUCAAGGAGUAGUUAGGUGGCUUGGUGGUGUAUGUCUCUGUGAGGGUUGCUCAGCACCCCAGAUGGAAGGAGGGCGCCUAUUUCUGUUUACGGUUGAUACUGGGAAUGUGCGGGCUGGUGAUGGUCUGGUCUUAUGGUUAGGUUAUGCUAUGUAUUCGAGGGAGGGGGGUUGCGGGUACGGUUUGGAUGGGAAUGUCUGCACGUUGUGCUGUGCGUGGGUACUGUAAGCAACAAAAAUGGACAUUACAUCUGCUGAGAUGCUAGCAUACUGGGCUUGGAGCGGUACGCUACUGAGUACGGACUUGACGAUCAGCAUAUGCAGACUUGUCGCGACGCAUGGAGAAAAUUGCCCUGCG